AAUUUUUACGGUGAUGCUUUAAUUCGAAAAAUUUGGGAUCGAGCCGAUUGUAAACAAAUCAAGCCUAGUUUCCUUACCAAAUUUCAAGUAAAAUCAAAUCUUCCAAUCCAAGGAAUGUGAAUUUAAGAGCGGUGCCAAGUUCUGAACUGCCUCCAACACAAUGGAAAAACUGGUGCUGAAGUGUCUGGCGCCGGGAUGUGAAUCCAAAACCGACAAUCCGGAUAUAGUAUUUUUCGCGUUUCCCCAGGGAGCUGAGGAUCCACGGGAAAAGACAAAGGCGUGGAACAAGGCGCUGGGUUACAGGGCGAACUGUAAGCACAUACCGGAUCCAAAAGUUUGUCAGAUGCAUUUUCGCAGAGAGGAAAUUUUACGAGAUGAGCACGGAAAUUCACAACUAGCGGAAUCUGCCGUACCAAUCGCUGUUCUAGUGGUUAAAAACAAAGACGAACCAGUUGGCGAACCGAGCUAUUGUAGGCUGUGUGCCAAAAUGGAAAGAUAUCCACUCAAGAAUAAUCUGGAGAAGUUGAGCCGUUGCGACGAUACUGCGAGGUUAUUAGAACUGUGUUUGAAAUCUAGCAGGAACCAUGAAAGGCUUCCGGUAGAGGUUUGCGAUGCCUGUUCGCAUAUGAUGAAAUUUCUUAUCAAGUUUGUGCGCAGUUGUACUGCAGCCCAGGUAAGGUUACGAAAGAUUUUCGGUGGACACAGUUCAGAAAACGAACUAGCAAAAGAUGAUUUGAAGACUGAAAAUGAGGAACAUGAAAUUGUCAGCGAAAUCAAAAAAGAAAAGGUUGAUGAAGAAAUUAUGGAACAUGAUCCUUCUGAAUUCCUGGUAGUUGGUUUUGAUAAACACGAAAAUGAUUUGAAUUCCAGCCUUAGUGCUGGGGACGAAGCUCGAGCACAGAUAUCUAAACAUAUUCAAGACGAACCAGAGCAACUACAAGUUAAAAAAGAGUUCGAAGACAACCCAGCUGAUUCCAGUGACUCUGAGGUUGAUAUACCCGCCGGAGGUGAGCCAUUUGAAAGCUUUUCUGAAUCCUCGGAAAGUAAUUCCGAAUCAGAUGAUGACUAUAGACCCCAGGAAACUAUUGAAGUAAAAGCUGACUUAGAAACCGAAGCUUUGGCGAAUGAAAGCAAACAGCCAACAGAUGCUCCUCCCAAGAAAAAACGAGGUCGUCCUCGUAAAGGAGAAGUUAGAACGCCAGUGAUAAAACUCCCUAAGAAACCUCGAAAACCAUACGAAAGACGAAACAAAGAUUCCAUCGAAGAAAAACCAGCCUCGAUGAGCAAACAAAUUUGCCAUUACUGCGGUAAGGUGCUGUCGAGUGCGGCCACCUUCAACGUACACAUGAUGACUCACACUCAACAGAAGGACAUUGUGUGUCCGAUCUGCGACAAGCGGUUCUAUGUCAAGCAGCAGCUCAAGGUACAUAUGGAAUCGAUCCACGAAAAAAAGGACUUUGUGUGUAACGUUUGCGGACUUAAAUGUCGCUGGAGAAAAAGCUUGCGGCGUCAUAUGCGCUUGCACGAGGAAAAUCCGUAUCAGCAUAAGUGCACCUAUUGCGAUAAGGCCUUUGCUCGACCGAAUCAGUUGCGGUAUCACGUGAUGAAGCAUACUGGCGAUAGGGUGUAUUGCGAUAUCUGCGGGGCAGAUUACAGGUUUAAUUACAUGCUAACGCAACACAAAAUGCGCAAACACGGCAUUGUCUUCGAGGGUGUUCAGUUGUACAAACAGAGCGUUCGUAGGAAGAAAUCUGAGGCUGGAGAGCCAAGCCCUCGAAGGCACAGAGUCGUUGGAAUGCCACCGUUGCUACCGACACAAACAAACGAUGGAUCUGCUGUGACUAGUAGCGAAGAUCAUCAUCAAGACCAUCAACAACAACAGCUACAUUUGCUGCAUCAUCAAACGAUUGGAAAUUUACCCCCAGGAUUGGUUUUGCCCGAUCAUGACCGUACUAAUCAAAGUGAUCUGACACACGUAUCAGAUCUGGGAAGCCCAGCAACAUCAGCAUCUUUCGCCACGAUCGGAUCACCAGAACCACCAGCUCUGAAUAAUCUUCAUCAUUUUUCCAGUCACCAUCAGCAACCUCCCCAGCCCCAACAGCUGUUGCAACCAGUGGCGGGACAACACCAUUCGGUGGCUGCGGGACAGAGCCCGCUAGAAGGAUUUAACGGUUCGGGAGGACUGUCCAUGCCACCGGGGUUGCUCGGAUUCUCGUCAAUGAGCAGGCCGCAAUAGAAGAUAUUUAAAAUUAUUAUAGCGGUUUAAUUUGUAAGAAAAUAAGAACUCCGUUUAGGGUGGUACCUAUAAGGAAAGCGAGAGCUAUAAGUAAGUUUCACAGUUUUUAUAAAUUGAGGUCCGCAGGAUCAGAUGGGUGCAAGUGCCAACAUCAUCAAUUUUGAGUUGCCAAACGUUUCUCAGAAUCUUAAUUUAUAUGUGCAAAAUUCAGAUUUUAUCUUUUUUUAAAUACUUUUGCGAUUGAAUUAAAACUUUUAUUCGAAAAACGUAUGAACUUGAACCCUCCAGCAUUUGAAUACUUGCACCACUCUGAUCCUAAGAGCCUCAAUUGGAAUUGUCAUAAGUCAAACUAAAAAAUAUUUUAAUACUAAAUUUGGAUCAGGAAAUUUGGAAAAAGUAUCGUAUCGUUGAGGCCAUGAAACACUAUAGCGACUCAACGAGUGCCAUUUGAUCAGCUCUCGCAUUUGUAUGAACCUUCUUUCGCAAACUUUCUUCAUGCAAGAUCAUGCUCCAAACAAGUAAUAAAUUUUCAGAUAAAACUAAUUAAUUAAGGUUGUGAU